AUGCGGAUCCACUGCAGAGUACUUGUGCUCGCCUUGUGCCUCGGAGUUUUCUUAGUUUUAUACUUUUUAGGAGGUAACGGAGCGGACGAGCCGCUGCUGAAACAAGUUGUGAUCGUGAAACAAGAGAAGCGCAACUCUUCCCCGUCGCCAUCGGAGCUAGGACGCAAUGUUGCAGUGAAGUUUGCUGCAAAGAAACCAAAGUAUACAGUUCACAACGACGACAAUGCAGUCAUCAAAGCGGAGGGUGCGAAAAGCAAACAGCGUAACACGGGGCGACCUGUGACCAAACGAGCCCGAGCAGAGGAGGGCAUGCACCUGGCUGUAGUGGCCUGUGGGAACCGUCUGGAUGAGACCCUGACCAUGGUUAAAUCGGCCCUCCUGUUCAGCCGGAAAAAGAUCACGUUUCACAUAUUUGCAGAAGACCCCUUGGCCCCGCUGUUUAAAGAGAGGCUGAAGCAGUGGCCUCGCUCCGUCGCAGCUAAGUUUCACUACACCAUCUACCCCAUCACGUUCUCUGUGGGUGACGCAGAGGAGUGGAAGAAGCUGUUCAAGCCGUGUGCCGCACAGAGACUCUUCCUCCCCGUCAUUCUGAAGGAUGUGGACUCUCUGCUCUACGUCGACACAGACGUGCUGUUCCUCCGGCCCAUUGACGACGUCUGGAGUUUCUUUACUGCCUUCAACAGCUCACAACUUGCGGCCAUGGCCCCCGAGCACGAAGUCCCGAAGAUCGGAUGGUACAGCCGCUUCGCUCGGCAUCCUUUCUACGGGGUGACGGGGGUGAACUCAGGAGUGAUGCUCAUGAACCUCACACGGAUCCGCAGCACAAUGUUCAAAAACAGUAUGAUCCCCGGUGGCUUGUCGUGGGAGGAUCUUUUAAAUCCACUCUACCAGAAGUACAAAAACCACAUCACCUGGGGGGACCAGGACCUCCUCAAUAUAAUUUUUCACUACAACCCAGAGUGUCUUUUCAUCUUCCCCUGCCAGUGGAAUUACAGGCCUGACCACUGUAUGUACGGAAGCAACUGCAAAGGGGCCGAAGAGGAGGGCGUGUCCAUUCUCCAUGGAAACCGGGGAGUUUAUCACGACGACAAGCAGCCAGCCUUCAAAGUUGUAUAUGAUGCAAUCAGUGAAUUUCCCUUUGAGGACAACCUGUUCCAGUCCCUGUUCUACCCCAUUCAGACCAAGUUCCUGGACACAGUCAACACUUUGUGCGGCCGGAUUCCUCAAGUUUUCCUUAAGCAGAUAGAAAAGACCAUGAGGAAAGUGUACGAGGACAAAGUGAUCCGCCAUGUCCGGCCGCGCAUGUAG